UCUCGGACCCGGAAGUGGUGUAAUAGUUUCUCGCUCUGUGUUUAGUUUGUGAGUUUGAAAGCGGACUGUGUGUGUGUUUUCGCACAAAUGGAAAGUUGACCGCUCGGGAAUGGAAGAUGAGUCUUCCGUGCGUGUGAAUGUCACGGCUCAUAAUAUGCCCGGUUAUAUUGGACGCGACGUGGAAUCUGUCCAUGUAUCCAGCGGGACACGGAGCACUGAUUUCGGCCGGGAGGUCCUCAGUAGUGAAGCGAAGGUGCCGUCAUCAUUGUCGUUAUCCUCGAAGGAUGUUUUGGAAUUUCAUAAACACAAACAUGAGCCAGGAGGAAACAAUAAUAAAGAAAAUGACGAGAGGGAAAACAUAAGAGCCGUGGACAUUUUAAGAAGGAAUUUUGGUUCGACUAGUAUCAGGGAUCCAGAAGAUCCCAAAGACCUGGAGAAAGUAGGAUUGAACGACUUGGAUCAUGAAAGGAUGCAAUGUAGCACAAAAAGUCUCCAACAAAGCAUGGACAGUAACUCAGGAUUGGGAGAUCCUGAUGGGAAUCAUCAAAUCGAUCAUAUUGAUUUGAAGAGUGGUGAAGAUCCCAGCCAAUCAAAAGAGCACGUUUACUGCACUGUAUACUGUAUUGCCAAUGAUAAUUAUAGGAUACCUGUUGAAAAAACAUCAUCUGAUCACGAAACUACAUCUUUGUCAUCAUCAUCAUCAUCUUCAUCAGAUGUGCUGGUUUUACCUCCCACCGACUUGCCAAAUUCAGAAUUGGACUAUGAGCACUAUCCAGCGCCCUACACAGUCACCGACUUGAUGCUGUCUGGAAUAAACAGCUAUUACAAUGCUGACAACAGUUUAUCUGUUGUGUUAACAUGUCGUAUUUGUCUUGAUGACAAAAAAACCUUACCACUACACUGCUGCAAAAAUGCAGUUUGUGAAGAAUGUCUGAAAAGAUACAUCAUCUCACAGGUUCACGUGGGUCGGGCACACUUGGUGUGUCCCAUCACAGAAUGCAGUGGUUUCUUGGAGGAUAGUUUGGUGAUUUCGCACCUGUCCAGUGAAGAGCUGGCAAAAUACAAGUACUUCUUGGAGCUGAGCAGACUGGACUCCAGCACGAAACCAUGUCCCCAGUGCAGCCUGUUUACCUCCCUGAAGGGUCGUAGCCAACAGACGUCCACCAAGAGUGAACAUAAGUAUAAGAUUCAGUGCACAAAGUGUCAGUUUGUCUGGUGUUUCAAAUGCCAUGCACCCUGGCAUGAAGGCCUGAAAUGUCGAGACUACAGGAGAGGAGACAAACUGUUGCGUCACUGGGCCAGCGUCAUCGAACAUGGCCAGAGGAACGCUCAGAAGUGUCCAUUCUGCAAGAUCCACAUUCAGAGAACGGAGGGCUGUGAUCACAUGACCUGCACACAGUGCAACACUAACUUCUGUUACCGUUGCGGGGAGAAGUACAGGCAUCUGCGCUUUUUUGGGGACCACACCUCCAACCUGAGUGUGUUUGGAUGCAAGUACCGCUACCUGCCGGAGAAACCCCAUCUGCGCCGGCUGGUCCGAGGCUCUGUUUGUAUGAGUAAAGUGCUGGUGGCUCCCGUGGUCAUUGUCCUCGUGGUGGUCGUUGGAGCUCUGGCUUUGGUCAUAGGCUUGUUUGCUCUGCCUAUCUACUACAUCUGUAAGAGGAGGAGGAAGCGCUCACAGGGGUCGAGUCGCUGGCUGUGCUGAUUCAGCUUCAGUCUUCCUGCUCAGGACCUGGACACACAAACACACACCCUGAAUAGCCCUGGGUGCCAAGUGAACGAACACUGGCCACUUAUACAACAGUCACAAUAUGCAGUUUUCCUGUUGGCUGCAUCUCGUGAAUAUCCUCAAUUGCACAGUGACCCUUUCCUCCACAUGGCGUAUUUGGCAUCAGGAUCAGAGACUAAUUGAGGAGAUUCUGUUUUUGGGAUGUUUGAUUUAUAACCCCCAAACUGAUUUGAAUUCAGUUCAUUUUUAGGAAUGGAAUUACAGACUGGUUAAUAAUUUCCUGCAGGAUGUGUUAUGCAGUGGAGCCAAACAGCGUGAAUGAUUUUGUCCUUCAUUCUACUUAUGACGUACAUCAGAUGUUAUAAUCUGUAAGCGUUUAGUGCAUGAUGAUGGUGACUUGAUGAAUUAAUGUCUGUCCCUCUUGAUCCCCUCGCUAUUCCUCCCUCCCUCCCCUUCAUGCUGUGCCAAUAUCCGCAGGAAUUUGCAUGAUCAACAAAACCCGUUUCUGUCUACUGCACUGUGGAAAACAAAAGGCCCUGAAUUACAGGGACCCGCAGCUCCACGCCAAGACAUGGAGGUCAUCUAGGUCAUGCAAAUCAGUACUGUAUCAUGCAAGUGUUUUAGCUCUGUGUUUGGACAAAUCUAAAGCUGUAAACCAGACACAAAAUACACCAUGGGGUCCAAAACUCUGAGACCACUUUUUGAAACUGCAUUUUGAAUUUCUCUAAUUUAAUAUUUAAAUGUAAAUUUGUUCACUGGAGUUGUUAUUUGAUAAAAUAAUUUGCAAUGAAAAUAUUUAGGAUUUCCUAACUAAAUUUAUGUAAAUAUAUAUAAUAAAAAAAUGUGUGUGUCUGUGUGUACAAUACAUAGGUCAUUAAAAAUAUAUAUAAGAUUUAAGUUGGAAAAAUCUAAAAUAUUUGUAUUAUUAUUUAUUUUAUUAUCAGCAUAACAGUUAGAGGGAAAACAAAUUAAAUUAAAUGUAAACUUGACCUGAAUUUAAAUUCUCAAAUGUAAUAUUUAAAUUUGAAUUGGUUCACUGCCGUUGGUAAUGCUAUUUAUAUUAUUUAUUUAUAAUAAUAUUUGUAAUGAUAAAAUUUUUUAGAUGUCCUAACUUGAUUUUUUAAUGUUAAUAUACUGUAUAUAACAAAAAAAGUUUAUUAUAUAUGUAUAUAUAUAUAUAUUACAUAAAAUUUUACUCUAUAAACACACACACAUAUAUUAAACAUUGUAAGAAUGAAUUGUGUAUUAUAAAUUAUAUUAGCGCGCACACACACACACACACAUAUAUAUAUAUAUAUAUAUAUACAAACACACACACAUUUCAAAAUGAUCUGAUAAAACAACAAUUAGAGUGAAAACAAAUUAAAUGAAAACUUGAAAUGAAUUUAGCCGUAUUUUAAUAGUCUAUUUUAGCAGUCACGUUUUUUUUUCAUCAUGAAUUCAAAAUUCACUUUAUUUACUUUCUUCAUGCAUAUUCAAUAUCUUUUUGAGAGUGAUUCAUCUGUGCAUGUGAUUUACAAAGAAAAAAUUGUUUGUGCGAAUCCUGAUCAUUUUAUCCAAAAUGACUUGUGAAUAAUCCAAAGAACAUCUCAUCAUAUGUAGGAGUUCACAAGAUUGAUAUCAGAAAUGAAGAAUCGUUGAGAAUAUUAAUAAUGUUGAUUUUGAGUCCCAGAUUCGCAGUGUGGUCUCUGAUUUUUAAACCCCACAUGGAGACAUAGUGCAUGCCUUACACCUUGAACAAACCGCUUUCUACUUGAGUGUAUAUAUGUUCAUUUAAAUUGAAAGUCCAUAAUAUGGAAACUUUGACAUUCAUUUCUAGUAUAUUUUAGCUUUGCACAGAAUGCACACUGAGACGUAGCUACUGAGCAGCACAGCGUUCAAGACUAUCAGCCCAAUAGGCAUCCCUGCUGUAUUUUGCACAGUGUUAUAGAUUCAUAUCCACUGUAAUCCAUUGCAACAUGUUGGGUUUAUUUCAAUCUCAAGCUGUUACAAAAAAAAAUUAUAAUGUAGCAUGUUUUAUAACCUUGACCAUAAUAUGUAUAUUAGGGUACAUGCAAAGAAAUUUUAACAAAUGGCAACCCCUAAAGCUUGUAUUGAUUGGAGCUAUCCAUUUAAUAUUCAAACUAAGGCUGGUCUGGAGAAAAGCCAAGAAAGCACAAGGAAAAGUAUUGCAGGAAAGAUUGUAAGGUUGUCUAACACUCGUUUGGGUAAUGCCCUACACAGAAUCAUCAAUGUAAUAGCACCUAAUUCAACUCUGAUUAUAAGUGAUCAUUUCAAAGUGGUUAUUAAUUGGAUUUUGUAAGACAAUCAGUUAUGAAGAUAAACUCAGGCCGGUAGUGAAUGCCACUGUUAUUCUCAGGGAGAAUUUCGUCACAUCUGCUACACACUGCAUUAUCACUCCAGGGCAGAUAACUGAAUUAUCUGUGCUUAUAUUAAGGAAGAAACAAAAAUCAAUCUGAAUGUUACCUUGGGCUGUUUUAGACAUGCUAACAUUAUAAACUGAAAGCUUUGACUGCCAAUGUGGUGGUGGUGUUUUUUUUAUUUUUUUUUAUUUAACUCAAGAGACGGUGCCUUUCACCAGUGGGAUUGAACUUUACUCAAAGGAACUUUGUGUAUUUUGAGAGCACACCUGCUGUGAUUGAUUUCCAAAGACCUGUAAUAUUUUAUUCCCUAAAUAUACUGUAGAAUGUGUCUGAAUCUA